AUGGCGGUCGAAAUCCUGGAUUUUCCCGUCGAGAUACUCGAAAUGAUCUUCUUCGAAGCCAUCCGUCCGUGGGAAGACGACAUCGAUAAGAUCAUGGACUAUGAAACAGGCCUCAGUAUUGCUCUCACGUGUAAAAGAUUCAAUCUCGCCGCUCGACAUGUCUUGUACCGACGAAUCCAACUGGGUACGCCAGAUCUUGAUCCUGUCAGCAAACCCGCUGAAGCACUGUCGCAGACGCUGGCCUUGUAUCCUGAAUUGCGACCCACGUGCCAGUCCUUCCAAAUUUAUCUCGGACAAGGAGCCUUUCAGCAAGAGACAUUCAAAGCAAUCAGCAAGCUGGUGACUUUGCUGCAUCGCUUGCGCGUGUUCGAAGUAUCUGGGAGCAACGGCCAACCGUUGACGUGGCUGCUGCUCCUGAAGGCCAUACAGAUGAAGACUGUGGAGGAAAUUCGAGCUGGUGACUGCAUUAUACCCCCUCGACAGGCAGCAUUGAAGAUACGAAGGCAAGAUAUCUGGGCUGUGAGAAUGGCUGCUCUGGGGGACAAUAUCCCUGGAAAUGUUGCGGAUUUUCUCGACGAUCAGAAUGAAAACGGAACACUCCCUCAUAUCAAGACAGCGAAGUUCAAUGGAUUCAGCCAGACCCCUCGACUGCUGCAGGAGAUCCUGACCUGGUUCACCGGUCUCGAGCAUUUUGCCUUUACAUACACAUACAAUCGCUCGUAUGCCUGGUACUACAGAUGGAACUACGCUAAUAUCGGAGCGGCCCUCGACCGUCACAAAGAGACGUUGAAAUCGAUUCUGAUCCAUCUGUUUGGGUACAGCUGGAUGGGCUUCUUCGACUUGAGAAGCUACACGAAUCUAAGAGUUCUCGAACUCUCACUCCAGAACAUCGUAGUUGAAUCUCCCGAAGCCGCUGCGACCAAACUCCUCGCGCCGAAUUUGGAGCUAUUAGUGCUCGACUUCUGGACUGUCGACCGCAAGAAGGCCAAAUACAAUUGUAUCGAAAAGCGUGACGAGGAGUGGUUAGUGCAAUUCGGAGAACAUGCGUCCAAAGUACGAAAGUCCCUACCCCGAGUGCACGCCAAAAUCCCCGCCUACGCAUUUCGAGGCACCGAAAAGGAGCUUUGGGACGCCCGCUGCACGUUUGAGGACCUCGACAAUAUCCAGGACGAGCUGCAGGGAUACGGCAUUGAUUUCACAUACGAUGACCCUCCUGUCUCCAGAGAGGAAUUCCGGGAAUGGAUACGAGACAAGGAUGAAAUGGACUUGCUUGGGGGACUUUGGAGAUACAUGAACCGCUAUGCUGCAUACCACUCAGACGAAUCAGAUUCGGGAUUUGAAUCUGACGCGCUGGACACCAAGGAACAUGACGAAGUGACUCAGCAAUCUACAGACAAAUUGGAUACCGAGGUUGAGGAAGAGGCCCAGACCUGA